CCCCCAUAAAGCUGGUAUUUUAUUUGAGUAAGUAACCUACAUUUUACAUUUGGUCAAGAUGAGCAGCAACAUGACAACUGAACAGGAGAAGUGUUACGACCCUCAAGACAAAACACUUACAUUUAUCGAUGGAGAGGAUGAUUUAGACUUUCUGUGUAUUGGCUACAAGUCUCUGAGAGCAAAGAUGUCCUGUGGUCAUGCUGUCACUCCGAUGUCUCUCACCGACUGGUGUCGCAGGUUGUUGGACAAGGGUGAGUGCAGAUUUGUGUGUGGUCAACCUGACUGUGAUGUUCAGUGGCCCUUUGAGGAGGUUUGUAAAAUGGCUCUUCUAAGCCCUGAAGAAAAGGAGUACUUUGAACAGGAGAUGUUCAACAAUGCUGGCGACUUGAAACUUUGUCCUGGUUGCAAGUCCUCUGUGGUGAGAACUGAUCCCAGUAAUCUGAGUAUUGAAUGCUCAGUGUGCACAGCUAACAAAAAAAGGUCUUAUAGAUUCUGCUGGCAGUGUUUGAAGGAAUGGAAAGGUCCGGCUCCACGUUCAGACCGCUGUGAAAACAAUGGCUGCAUUAAUCAGCAACUAGAAAUACUGAAAAACUCUCCAGACAUGGUCUUUGAAGAUGUGAAGGGUGUCACUGGCUGUCCCUCCAUCCGUGCCUGUCCCACCUGUGGUUUGCUACUUGAGCAUAACAAGACUCAAUGUAAAAACAUUGUCUGUCGCCGCUGUAAGGUGGAGUUCUGUUUCGUGUGCCUGAAAACCACUGAAGAGUGUCAGGAGCUCACUGAUGAGAGUGAGGAGUUCACUGAUGAGAGUGAGGAGGAAGAGGUAUCCUCAUAUGACCGACUUUGCUCCACUGGUGUAGCGCCUAGACAGACCUCUAUACCUGUGUGGCAGAGGAAAUAAUUGAUGACGAUGAUAACACAAUUUCUUCCUUUUCUUAAUUAUGCCGAUCAUCAUAAAUUAACUCCACACCAGUUUUGAAUAACAGUGAAGAGCCUGUAAGAUCGUUUUUGUAUUUGUACUUAGAAUUUGGAACAAUAUCAUCACAACAUGAGGAUUUUUUUUUAUUUUUUUUACUCAUUUGUUUGUUCCCCUAACAUGAAUUGAACCAUGGUUGCUUUUCCUGUGAAAUAAAGAUAAAUAAAUAUA